AUGCCAUCGAAGAAUAGCCGGGAGUCUGAAGAAAGUGCAGGUGAAGAUGAAUUUCAGGUGGAAAAAAUCCUGAAGGUUCGUAUAAGAAAUGGACGAAAAGAGUACUUCCUCAAAUGGAAGGGUUACUCAGAGGAGGACAAUACAUGGGAGCCAGAAGAAAACUUGGAUUGCCCUGACUUAAUCAAGGAAUUCGAAGAAAGACGGGCUCGUGAAAGAACCUCACUUACUAGCCCUGCCAGGACUUCGAGUGCUGACUCUAAACUAAAAAACAGAUCUAAAGGAUCGUCACUCAGUUCAGAUAGCGCUAAGGACAUUAGUGAAGAAGUACCCGAACCAGCAAAGAAAAAGCGAACAUCCAGCAUACCCGCGAGUGUGGAAGAGUCAGCUAGCGAAGUGCCAAAUGUUCCAGAUGAACCAAAGGAACCUACAAACGAAGACCAGAAGCAGAAAGUUGUCAAGGCGACUGGGAAGACGCGCGGAUUUGCUCGGGGGUUGAAAGCUGAAAGGAUUAUUGGAGCUACAGACUCAAGUGGUGAACUGAUGUUUUUGAUGAAAUGGAAAGAUUCUGAUGAGGCUGACUUGGUACCUGCUCGUGAAGCAAACAUCAAAUGUCCACAAAUCGUAAUCCGUUUUUACGAAGAAAGACUAACCUGGCACACACCCGAAAAUCGGCCUUCUGGGACUCCGCGUUCUGGAUCCACCACUCCAAGCGCUGCAACUGCAGCGGCACGCACUUGA